ACUGUUAGUAAUUUGGAUGUGUAUGCAGGCCAGAGGCGAGGUCCUAAACGGGGAGAACAGCAAGGAUGGACUGACAACAGGGGAGCUGAAAUAAAGCAAGACAAAUCUGAAUGGAGACCCACUUUCAGGGAAUAUCGUUCCUAUGAAACUGAAAGACAAACAGAAUUCGCAGUAGAAAAACCAAAUGAAAGAUUUGACCGUGAAAGGCCAAUAAGAGGACGUGGAAGAGGAAGAGGUGGAAUGCGAGGUAGAGGAAGAGGUGGUGGAAUUAACAGAAAUUUUGAUGGCUUUGAUCAUAGAGGAAAACGGGAAUUUGAAAGACAUAGUGGGAGUGAUAAAACAGGAAUUAGAGCAGAUGACAAAAAGGGUGGAAGCGGAGCUCGCAACUGGGGAACAGUUAAAGAUGAUAUGAGUGAGAUGGAACAGACUGCUCCAAUGGAGGACACUGCAGAAACAUCUGAGCACCAAGGGGCACCUGAAGGAGAACCUCUGAACAAAGUUGCUGAAGGGGAGCCAAUGGAAGAAGUAGUUCAAGAAAUGACCUUAGAUGAGUGGAAAAAUCUUCAGCAACAGAGUCGACCAAAGCCUGAAUUCAACAUCCGGAAGCCAGAAUCCACUGUUCCUUCCAAAGCAGUGGUGAUUCACAAGUCAAAAUAUAGCGAUGAUUUUCAAAAAGAAGACUUUGAAGAAGAUUCUCAUGUUUUUCGAAGACCAGUGAAUGAUAUAACGUCUCAGCUGGAUAUUAAUUUUGGGAAUCUCCCUCGCCCUGGCCGUGGAUCAAGAGGAGCGCGAGGUGGUCGUGGUCGUGGCAGGGGGGUUGGGGGGCCAGGACCUCAGCCAGAAGCUGUGGUGCAAAUUGUUGCCCCAAAUCCUGACGACCCUGAGGACUUUCCUGCUUUAGCUUGAAGGAACUAUCGUGAAUGACGGUGUCGCAAGAUAGCUUUGGCAUAGCUGUGAAGAGACCAAUGUUAUGUUGCUGUGGAAAAAAGAAAGCCUGAGUCUACAAGAAAAACUGAUUUGUUGAAUUUUUUU